AAAAGGUUUUGAGUGUUAACCCAAAACGAAAAUUGGGAUCAAAACUCAUACGAAAGUCUAGUUUUUGGCGCUUUUUGCCAUUAUUGCUUGUUAUUGAAAAGCAUUUCCUCUUAAAAUAGAUAACUGCCAAGCCAAUUAAAUUGUUAAAACACUGGAGUAAAAGCGAAAUGAAUUUUUUCGAGAAUUUUCAUCCAAUCACGAAAAGAUUCAGCGCUUUUUUUAUCUAUUUACAGCAAAAGCAAAKUGAAAUGUUUCUAGAUUUUCAUCCUAUCACGAAACUUGUGCUCAAGAGAUUGUGGCGGGGAAGUUUUUUUUUGGCUUUUUUAUGACAAUCUUGACACCGACUUCCUGUGGUCAUCGCCCAAACAAAUAUCUCUCUCUCUUUACAAGCUGAAAACAUUCUAAUAAUAGUUAUUAUUAUUAAAAAUGCAACGAAUACGAUAGAAUUACAUUUAAAGACCCGUCAUGGGUCCUGGAAGGAUCUGCAUCUUCGUGAUUUGUAUCUUACUCUACUUUCAAGACACACUGCCGGUGAAAGCUCAGAAGUGUAGACGUACCAAUAAGAAGCCCUUCAGGUACUGUUUGGAUCGGCAAUGUACCUCAGACAGCGRUUGUAGAGCCAAUGAACAAUGUUUGUGUGACGGAGACUGUGGCUUAAGCUGCGUUCAAAAUGGUACGGAUUGUGGAAAUCUUGAUACCCCCAAAGCUCUACGUGUGAGAUUGAGCGACGGCACCAAAUUUGGAAGUGUUGCCCGUUUUUCUUGUAAAGGGGAUCAGUAUACACUACGAGGAUCGAAGAAACGAGUCUGCAGAGGAAUAUUUUGCAAGCAUCCUGGAGAUAUUAAAUAUGGUAAUAAUAACGGCGAUAAAAAAAUAUACCGUGUUGGAGCCACUGUGAGAUAUUGGUGUUUCCCUGGAUAUGAUAUGGAGGGGCAGAGUGUAACCGAAUGCAAUAACAAGGGAAAAUGGAAAACAACACCACCCAAAUGUGAAGGUGUGGAGUGCAAGAUUCCUGCAACACCUCUUAAGGGUGAAAAAGAGCCAGAAAAGAAUAAGUACGUUUAUGAAGACAGGGUAGAGUUCAGGUGUGACACAAACUACACGCUGAUUGGAAAUAGUUCCAUCAUCUGCCAACAUGAUAAGACAUGGACAAGGGAUGCACCACGAUGCUUGGGUUAG